GUCACUGGCGUGGAACUUCUCGCAGCUCGCGCUUGAUUCCGAACGGACGCUUUUGAUUCCUUUACGGAAGUUGCUGUUCGUUGUUUACUUAACCGGAUUAGAAUCGGUUUCCCAGAGUGCAGAAUGCGGCUGACGCGUCGCCUGCUGUUCGCUGGCUGUGUUUUGUGGAGUUUGUCGGUCACGGCGGCGAUAGAGCCGAUCAGCACCAGCAUCGCGGUCGGGAUGGCCGCGGCUCUCACCGGAUUCCUGGCCCGGUAUCAGAACGUGCUCUAUUACUUCCAGGAGUGCUGCAGACCGGAGUGGAUCUCAUACAACCAGACAGGACUGAAGAAUGACCUCAACACGAAGCUGUAUGGGCAGCACGUCGCUGCUGAGGUCAUCAUUAAAGCCGUCACUGGCUUCAUGAACAACAAAAACCCAAAGAAACCGCUGGUUCUGUCCCUCCACGGCUGGACCGGGACCGGGAAGAACUUCGUGAGCCAAAUUAUAGCAGAAAAUAUUUACGAGAAAGGGAUGACGAGCAGCUUCGUUCAUCUGUUUACAGCGACAGCACACUUUCCCCACGAGGCUCACACUGACACGUACAAGACCCAGUUACAGGAGUGGAUACGAGGGAAUGUUUCCAUCUGCCCGCGUUCAAUGUUCAUCUUUGAUGAAAUGGAUAAAAUGCAUCCCGGGCUGAUCGACAGUAUUAAACCUUACCUGGACUUCUAUGACAACCUGAACGGAGUGUCGUACAGACAGGCCAUCUUCAUCUUCCUCAGCAAUGCCGGGGGUGAGAACAUCGUUCAGGUGGCUCUGGAUUUCUGGAGGGAGGCUAGAGAACGAGAGGAGAUCCAGCUGAAGGAUCUAGAGACGGCACUUUCACUGUCUGUCUUCAACAACAAAAACAGUGGUUUCUGGCACACUAGUUUAAUCGAUAAGAACCUGGUGGAUUUCUUCGUGCCGUUCCUUCCUCUGGAGUACAAGCACAUCAUUCAGUGCGGUUUGGCUGAGAUGGUCUCCAAGGGUCACGCCCCAGAUAAAGAAGUGGUUGAAACCAUGGCCCGCGACCUGAACUACUUCCCUAAAGAGGAGCGUGUCUUCUCCAUGCAGGGCUGCAAGGUUAUUCCCAGCAGACUGGACUUCUAUAUUUGAUCACGAGGGGAAAAACAACAAAGACUCGAGACACCAAACCUGUCAUCUUCUGUGUGCUUUAUUUCACAGAACUGCAAUCGAAGGAAUUGCAGAUUUGCUCCUCAGACUGAAUGUUUUUAACUCAAUCACAGUUGUUUUAAACACUUGUGGAGACUGUUUUAUUCAUGUCGGAGCAGCUGCUGAAGUCCUUGAUCUCAAGGGCGUUUCGGUUUAAGAUGAUGAAGUUGCAGAGGAAGCUUUUUAUUAAAUGACUGCACAUUGUAGAGCUCCUAAAACACUGGCUGUCAGCGAUUUCAUAAUGAUCUGUAUUAAUUAUCGUGAAGGGAAAAGUUCAUUUGCCUUUGUCUUGAAAUAUCAGAUACAUUUCUGCCUUUUUUUUUUUUUUUUUUUUUAAUGUCAGGGUAAGUUGCGGAUGAAGAACUUGAAUCUCAUUUUGAUCACUGAAACUUAAGAGCAUUUGUUUUUCCAAUGCAUCACUGUCAGGAUUCAUGUUUGUGUUGUGGAUAUGUGCCACUGGUUCUGAUUGAAGCGUUUGUUGAGUGAGUCAGUGCCUGUUUAUCUUACAAGAGUUCAGAAUACAGCCGAUGAACACUCUUUUUAUUAUUAUUAAUUAUUCUGCAUUAUUUAAUGAUCUGGUUUGAACAUUUUCAGAGAUGAGAUUUAAUUUUGAGAUGAGCCAAGAUAAAAUACUUGAAGGAUAUUAUCUACAUAUUGAUUUUGAUAAAGCUUUAUGAUCUAAACAGA